UCUUGGACCAGUUCCAAGAAUCACUUCAUCCCGGCGCGUUUCGUAUUCGUCGUCGGACAAGUUAAAUGACGGAUCAUUUCGAUUUAUUUCUGACGUAGUUUGACCGAGUAUCACAUUGCGAAGACCUGGAUGUAUGUUUUCCCCCGGAACAAUGGUAGAAAAAGGAAUUUCAGCGCGAGGCCCGAUUGUCUGCUGCAUUUCUGCUUUCAUCGCGACGCUGUCCCUCGCUCAUGGAGAUCUCAGCUAUUCUUUUCCAGAGGAGAUGGAACCCUUGUCUGCUAUUGGAAAUAUAGGCAAAGAUCUCGGAGUGGACCUGAGGACAUUAUCUUCACGAAAAGCUCGGAUUGAUAUCGAGGACACUCGGAGACGUUAUUGUGAUUUGAAUCUGAGCACCGGAGAUUUGAUCGUCGCGGAGAGAAUUGACAGAGAAAUUCUUUGUGACAAGAAGCCCUCGUGCGUGGCAACAGUGGAUCUGGUUUUGGAAAAUCCUCUCGAGCUACAUCGCGUCAGUCUCCACAUUCAAGAUGUAAAUGAUAACUCGCCGCACUUCAAGAAGAAUUUAAUUGAAAUGGAAAUAGGAGAGUCGGCAGAAAGGGGGAGUCGUUUUUCGAUUGAGGAGGCCCAUGAUGCAGAUAUUGGCCAAAAUGCUGUGAAAAUAUAUAAUUUACAAAAGAAUUCGAACUUUAUUCUUUCAGUUGACAGUAAUAAAGUCGAGCUUGUCUUAGAAAAUAAAUUAGACCGAGAAAAGCAAAGUGAAAUGAAUUUGCUUCUCACGGCUUUAGAUGGCGGCUCUCCACAGAUGUCAGGCACAGUCGUCAUACACGUCACCGUGCUGGAUGCUAAUGAUAACGCCCCAGUGUUCAGCAAGGCCGUUUAUAAAGCCAGUCUGCCUGAAAACUCUCCUCCAGAUACAAUAGUGAUUAAUGUUCGUGCCACUGACGCGGACGAGGGAGUAAAUGGCGACGUGACUUAUGAUUUUGGACACGUGUCUGGCAAUAUUAUAAGUGUAUUUUCGAUCAGUCCCGUGACAGGCGAAAUUAAAGUAACGGGUGUGACUGAUUUUGAAGAGAAAGCCUCCUAUGAAAUGAGAGUAGAAGCUAAAGAUGGUUUAGGGCUGACAUCGUAUGCUAAAGUGAUAAUCGAUAUUACUGAUGUAAACGACAACGCCCCUGUGAUCAAUUUAAAGUCUCUGGCUUAUCCAGUGGCAGAGAAUGUGUCACCUGGUACGGAGGUGGGCAUCAUUAAUGUGCAGGACAGAGACUCUGAAAAGAAUGGAAAAGUCAGCUGCUCCAUUGAACAAAACGUCCCCUUUAAGUUAGUUCCUUCUAUUAAAAACUAUUAUUCUCUGGUGACGACGGAACAACUUGACCGUGAACUUGUGUCUGAUUACAACAUUACAAUCAGUGCUACUGACGAGGGCUCCCCUCCAUUGUCCUCUUCAAAAAGUGUUCUUUUGUCUGUAGCGGACAUCAACGACAACCCACCUGUGUUUGAGGAACAGUCCUACAGCGCAUAUGUGAGCGAAAAUAACAAAGCUGGCUCCACUUUAUGCUCCAUUAGUGCUCAAGACCCCGACUGGAGACAGAACGGCACAGUAAUUUAUUCUCUGUUACCUUCUGAGGUGAACAGUGCUCCGGCAUCCUCUUACAUUUCUGUGAACGGAGACACGGGGGUGAUCCACGCUGUCAGGUCGUUUGAUUACGAACACUUGAGGAGUUUCCAAGUCCACGUCAUGGCCCGAGACAACGGUUCUCCUCCGCUGAGCAGCAACGUGAGCGUCAGCGUGUUCAUAUCGGACGUGAACGACAACUCUCCUCAGAUUUUGUACCCUUCCCCGGAAGGCAACUCCUUCAUGACCGAGCUGGUCCCCAAAGCUGCACACGGAGGCUCUGUGGUGUCCAAAGUGAUCGCGGUGGACGCCGACCCGGGACUUUUCACCAUUGGUCUCCACAGUGGCGAGAUCAGGACCCAGCGGGACAUUUUGGAGUCUGACAGCAUGAAACAGAACCUGAUUGUGGCCGUGAAAGAUAACGGACAGCCCCCUCUCUCUGCCACCUGCUCCAUGUAUUUACUUAUUUCGGAUAACUUGGCUGAGGUACCAGAACUGAAGGACAUUUCUUCUGACGACAAGAAUUCCAAGCUGACCUCUUACCUGAUCAUCGCGCUGGUGUCCGUGUCCACCUUCUUCCUGACCUUCAUCAUCAUCGUCCUGGGUGUGAGGUUUUGUCGCAGGAGAAAGCCCAGACUGUUGUUUGAUGGAGCAGUUGCCAUUCCGGGCGCUUAUCUGCCUCCUAAUUACGCAGAUGUUGACGGCACAGGAACUUUACGCAGCACCUACAACUAUGACGCCUACUUGACAACAGACAACGGUUCUCCUCCGCUGAGCAGCAAUGUGACCAUCAACGUUUUCAUAUCGGACAUGAAUGACAACUCUCCUCAGAUUUUGUACCCCGCCCCGGAUGGCAACUCCUUCAUGACCGAGCUGGUCCCCAAAGCUGCACAUGGAGGCUCUGUGGUGUCCAAAGUGAUCGCGGUGGAUGCCGACUCGGGACAGAACGCCUGGCUGUCCUAUCAUAUUGUCAAGUCCACAGACCCGGGACUUUUCACCAUUGGUCUCCACAGUGGCGAGAUCAGGACCCAGCGGGACAUUUCGGAGUCUGACAGCAUGAAACAGAACCUGAUUGUGGCCGUGAAAGAUAACGGACAGCCCCCUCUCUCUGCCACCUGCUCCAUGUAUUUACUUAUUUCGGACAACUUGGCCGAGGUACCGGAACUGAAGGACAUUUCUUAUGACGACAAGAAUUCCAAGCUGACCUCUUACCUGAUCAUCGCGCUGGUGUCCGUGUCCACCUUCUUCCUGACCUUCAUCAUCAUCGUCCUGGGUGUGAGGUUUUGUCGCAGGAGAAAGCCCAGACUGUUGUUUGAUGGAGCAGUUGCCAUCCCCGGCGCGUAUCUGCCUCCUAAUUACGCAGAUGUUGACGGCACAGGAACUUUACGCAGCACCUACAACUAUGACGCCUACUUGACAACAGGUUCCAGAACCAGUGACUUUAAGUUUGUUUCGUCCUACAAUGACAACACGCUACCAGCUGACCAGACUCUGAGGAAAAGUUCAAGUGACUUUGCUGAUCCUUUUGAAGAUCUCGACGCAACUGUAGAGAGAAAUUGCUUUGUCUUUCUGCGGAUGGUUGGAACCUUGUCAAUUUGUUUGCGUCGACCAGCGUCGAAUUGGAAAUCGUGUGGAGCAUUGGAUCGUCUGACUGGGAGAUUCAACACACUUUGGAUUAUUUCUGUCAACAUGGGAGUCGAGGAAUUCUCUCUUUGCCGUCUGAUGUAUGUUUUUGUCGUCGUUGCUCAGAUGCGCCUCGUGUACGGAGAUCUGAGCUAUUCUCUUUCGGAGGAGAUGAAACGCUCGUCUGUUGUUGGAAAUAUAGCAAAAGAUCUUGGUGUUGACCCGAGAACAUUGUCUGCUCGAAAUGCCCGGAUUGAUGUUGAAGGGACACGUAAGCAGUAUUGUGAGAUUAAUCUGAGCACGGGGGACUUGAUCACAGCGGAGAGAAUCGACAGAGAAAGCCUUUGUGACAAAAAACCCUCAUGUGUGAUAAAACUGGACCUGGUGUUGGAAAAUCCUCUUGAGCUUCAUCGCAUAAAUCUCCACAUUCAAGAUGUAAAUGACAACUAUCCAAAAUUCAAAAAGAAUUUGAUUGAGAUGGAAAUAAGUGAGUCAGCAGAAAAGGGCAGUCGUUUUUCCAUAGAAAAGGCCCAUGAUGCAGAUAUUGGCCAAAAUGCCAUUCAAAGAUACAAUCUACAAAGAAAUGCAAAUUUUAUUCUUGCUGUUGACAACAACAAAGUCGAGCUUGUUCUAGAAAAUAAGCUCGACCGAGAAAAGCAAAGUAAGAUGAAUUUGCUCCUCACAGCUUUAGAUGGCGGCUCUCCUCAAAGAUCGGGCACAGUAGUCAUACACGUCACCGUGCUGGAUGCUAAUGAUAACGCCCCAGUGUUCAGCAAGGCCGUUUAUAAAGCCAGUCUGCCUGAAAACUCUCCUCCAGAUACAAUAGUGAUCAAUGUUAGUGCUACAGAUGCAGAUGAAGGCGUGAAUGGCGAUGUGACAUAUGACUUUGGCCAUGUCUCAGAUGAUAAUGUUAAUGCAUUUUCUAUUGAGCCGGCAACAGGUGUUAUUACAGUAACACGUUUAAUUGAUUUUGAAGAGAAAAGUUCAUAUGAAAUGAGUGUUGAAGCGAAAGAUGGUUUGGGACUGACAUCCUACAGUAAAAUCAUAAUAGAUGUUACUGAUGUAAAUGAUAAUGCUCCUGAAAUUAAUUUGAAGUCACUGUCCAACACUGUGUCAGAGAAUGUGUCACCUGGUACAGAGGUGGGCAUUAUUAACGUGCAGGACAGAGAUUCUGGGAAAAAUGGACAGGUGCGCUGCUCCAUUCCACAAAAUGUCCCUUUUAAAUUAGUUCCUUCUAUUAAAAACUAUUAUUCUCUGGUGACGAUGGAACAACUUGACCGUGAAAGAGUGCCUGAUUACAACAUUACAAUCAGUGCCAUGGACGAGGGUUCUCCUCCUCAGUCCUCCUCAAAAAGUCUUCACUUGUCUGUAGCAGACAUCAACGACAACCCACCUGUAUUUGAGGAGCAGUCCUACAGCGCAUAUGUGAACGAAAAUAACAAAGCUGGCUCCACUUUAUGCUCUGUUAGUGCACAAGACCCCGACUGGAGACAGAACGGCACCGUGAUUUAUUCUCUGUUACCUUCCGAGGUGAACGGUGCCUCUGUGUCCUCCUAUGUGUCUGUUAAUGGAGACACGGGGGUGAUCCACGCUGUCAGGUCGUUUGAUUACGAACACUUGAGGAGUUUCCAAGUCCACGUCAUGGCCCGAGACAACGGUUCUCCUCCCCUAAGCAGCAACGUCAGUGUCAGCGUGUUCAUAUCGGACCUAAAUGACAACUCUCCUCAGAUACUGUACCCUGCCCCAGAGGGCAACUCCUUCAUGACCGAGCUGGUCCCCAAAGCUGCACACGGAGGCUCUGUGGUGUCCAAAGUGAUCGCGGUGGACGCCGACUCGGGACAGAACGCCUGGCUGUCCUAUCAUAUUGUCAAGUCCACAGACCCGGGACUUUUCACCAUUGGUCUCCACAGUGGAGAGAUCAGGACCCAGCGGGACAUUUCGGAGUCUGACAGCAUGAAACAGAACCUGAUUGUGGCCGUGAAAGAUAACGGACAGCCCCCUCUCUCUGCCACCUGCUCCAUGUAUUUACUUAUUUCGGACAACUUGGCCGAAGUGCCAGAACUGAAGGACAUUUCUUAUGACGACAAGAAUUCCAAGCUGACCUCUUACCUGAUCAUCGCUCUGGUGUCCGUGUCCACCUUCUUCCUGACCUUCAUCAUCAUCGUCCUGGGUGUUAGGUUUUGUCGCAGGAGAAAGCCCAGACUGUUGUUUGAUGGAGCAGUCACCAUCCCCGGCGCAUAUCUGCCUCCUAAUUAUGCAGAUGUUGACGGCACAGGAACUUUGCGCAGCACCUACAAUUAUGACGCCUACUUGACAACAGGUUCCAGAACCAGUGACUUUAAGUUUGUUUCGUCCUACAAUGACAACACGCUGCCUGCUGACCAGACUCUGAGGAAAAGUCCAAGUGAGUUUGCUGAUCCUUUUGAAGAUAUGGGAACCCCGUCAGAGCUUGUGUCUUCAGCUGGAAUUGCGCUGCCAUUUGACCAAAUAUCGGACGUGUUGUCCUUAAAGAUGGGAGACAAAGGAUUUUCCAAGCUUGCUUCAAUCCUGUGCUUUGUUUCUUUCGUCUUAAUGGUGCCUCUCGUUUAUGGAGAUCUGAGUUAUUCUGUUCCAGAGGAGAUGAAACAGGGCUCUGUUGUCGGAAAUAUAGCAAAAGAUCUUGGAGCCGAUCUCGUGACUUUUGCAGCCCGGAAGCCUCGAUUUGAUUUUGAGGAAGCGCGGAGACGCUACUGUGGAAUUAAUCUGAGCACGGGAGACCUGAUCACAUCAGAGAGGAUUGACAGGGAAAACAUUUGUGGAACGAAACCUUCAUGUGUCAUAAAAUUCGAUCUAGUUUUGGAGAAUCCUCUGGAGCUUCAACGUGUGAGUUUUCAUAUUCAAGAUAUAAAUGACAAUUCUCCUAAAUUCCGUGACCAUUUAAUUGAGAUGGAAAUUAGAGAAUCGGCAGAAAAGGGCAGUCGUUUUACCAUCGAGGAGGCCCAUGAUGCGGAUAUAGGUCAAAAUGGUGUUCAACGAUACAUUCUACAAAGAAAUAACAAUUUUAUUCUUGCAGUUGAAAACAAGGUUGAACUCGUUCUUGAAAAUAAGCUCGACCGAGAAAAGCAAAGUGAGAUGAAUUUGCUUCUCACAGCUUUAGAUGGCGGCUCUCCACAGAUGUCAGGCACAGUCGUCAUACACGUCACCGUGCUGGAUGCUAAUGAUAACGCCCCAGUGUUCAGUCAGGCCGUUUAUAAAGCCAGUUUGCCUGAAAACUCUCCUCCCGAUACACUAGUGAUUAAAGUUAGCGCUACUGAUGCUGAUGAAGGGGUGAAUGGGGACGUGACUUACAAUUUUGGCCACAUAUCAAAUGAUGACACAAAGGUUUUCAAAAUUGACCCCAAAUCUGGCACAGUUAAGCUUUCAGGUGAGACUGAUUUUGAAGAGAACAAUUCCUAUGAAAUGAAAGUGCAAGCCAAAGAUGGUUUAGGACUCACAUCCUAUGCUACAGUAAUAAUAGAUAUUACCGAUGUAAAUGACAACGCCCCUAUUAUUCAUUUAAAUUCUCUGUAUAAUCCAGUUGCAGAGAAUGUGUCACCUGGUACAGAGGUGGGCAUCAUUAAUGUGCAGGACAGAGACUCUGAAAAUAAUGGAAAAGUCAGCUGUUCCAUUCAACAAAAUGUACCCUUUAAAUUAGUUCCUUCGAUAAAAAAAUAUUAUUCACUCGUGACAACUGCACAACUUGACCGUGAACUAGUGUCUGAUUAUAACAUUACAAUCAGUGCCAUUGACGAGGGUUCUCCUCCUCUGUCCUCCUCGAAAAGUGUUCACUUGUCUGUAGCGGACAUCAACGACAACCCACCUGUGUUUGAGGAACAGUCCUACAGUGCAUAUGUGAGUGAAAAUAACAAAGCUGGAUCCACUUUAUGCUCUCUGAGUGCUCAAGACCCCGACUGGAGACAGAACGGCACCGUGAUUUAUUCUCUUUUACCUGCUGAAGUGAACGGUGCCUCUGUGUCCUCCUUUGUGUCUGUUAAUGGAGACACGGGGGUGAUCCACGCUGUCAGGUCGUUUGACUACGAACACUUGAGGAGUUUUCAAGUCCACGUCAUGGCCCGAGACAACGGUUCUCCUCCGCUGAGCAGCAAUGUAAGCAUCAGCGUGUUCAUAUUGGACGUGAACGACAACUCUCCUCAGAUACUGUACCCUGCCCCAGAGGGCAACUCCUUCAUGACCGAGCUGGUCCCCAAAGCUGCACACGCAGGCUCUGUGGUGUCCAAAGUGAUCGCGGUGGACGCCGACUCGGGACAGAACGCCUGCAAAUCCACAGACCUGGGACUUUUCACCAUUGGUCUCCACAGUGGAGAGAUCAGGACCCAGCGGGACAUUUCGGAGUCUGACAGCAUGAAGCAGAACUUGAUUGUGGCCGUGAAAGAUAACGGGCAUCCCCCUCUCUCUGCCACCUGCUCCAUGUAUUUACUUAUAUCGGAUAACCUGGCCGAAGUGCCAGAACUGAAGGACAUUUCUUAUGAUGACAAGAAUUCCAAGCUGACCUCUUACCUGAUCAUCGCUCUGGUGUCCGUGUCCACCUUCUUCCUGACCUUCGUCAUCAUCGUCCUGGGUGUGAGGUUUUGUGGCAGGAGAAAGCCCAGACUGUUGUUUGAUGGAGCAGUUGCCAUUCCGGGCGCUUAUCUGCCUCCUAAUUACGCAGAUGUUGACGGCACAGGAACUUUGCGCAGCACCUACAACUAUGACGCCUACUUGACAACAGGUUCCAGAACCAGUGACUUUAAGUUUGUUUCGUCCUACAAUGACAACACGCUGCCUGCUGACCAGACUCUGAAGAAAAGUCAGAGUGACUUUGCUGAUCCUUUUGAAUAUCUUGAGUCCUCUGAAGAGCUGUGGAAAUCUGGAUCCUUGUUCUGUGACAGUGUUGAGCGACUGCAUUGUUCUACUGCGGGUGGUGGAAACUGGAUUAUACAUUUUCGUGUCGAUACACAUAAAAUUGUGGGACGUGGACCGGUGUGGAAUAUUUUGUACGACCCGUUUUGGGCAGAUUUAGUCAAGAUGGGACAUCUUGGAUUCUCAAAGCGUCGCCUGAUCGUUCUUUUUGCCUUUUUUGUUCCGGUGCAACUCGCCUCCAAAGAUCUGAGCUAUUCUCUUCCCGAGGAGAUGAAACGCCUUUCGGUUGUUGGAAACAUAGGCAAAGAUCUUGGUGCUGAUCCGAGGACGCUUUCUACACGAAAUGCCCGUAUUGACGGUGCGGGUACACGUAAGCAGUGUUGUGAGAUUAAUCUGAGCACCGGAGACUUGAUCACAUCGGAGAAAAUUGACAGAGAAAGCCUGUGCGGGAAGAAACCUUCCUGUAUUAUUAAAAUGGAUCUGGUGUUAGAAAAUCCUCUUGAGCUUCAUCGCAUAAAUCUCCACAUUCAAGAUGUAAAUGACAACCGUCCAAAAUUUAAAAACAAUUUGAUUGAAAUGGAAAUAAGGGAGUCGGCAGAAAAAGGCAGCCGGUUUUCAAUUGAGGAGGCUCAUGAUGCAGACAUAGGCCAAAAUGCUGCUCAACGAUAUAUUCUGCAAAAAAAUGAAAACUUUAUUCUCACUGUUGACAAUAAUAAAGUUGAGCUUGUCUUAGAAAAUAAAUUAGACCGAGAAAAGCAAAAUGAGAUGAAUUUGCUUCUCACGGCUUUAGACGGCGGCUCUCCACAGAGGUCAGGCACAGUAGUCAUACGCGUCACCGUGCUGGAUGCUAAUGAUAACGCCCCAGUGUUCAGCCAGGCCGUUUAUAAAGCCAGUUUGCCUGAAAACUCUCCUCCAGAUACCAUAGUGAUUAAAGUUAGCGCGACUGAUGCUGAUGAAGGAGUGAAUGGAGAUGUGAGUUAUGAUUUUGGACAUGCAUCUGAUGAAAACAAUUUAUUUGCUAUUGAUCCCACAACUGGGGAAAUUAAAGUAACUGGUUUGGUUGAUUUUGAAGAAUUGGUUUCCUUUGAAAUCAAGGUGGAAGCUAAAGACGGUUUGGGACUGACCUCCUACGCCAAAGUUGUAAUAGAUAUUUCCGAUGUAAAUGAUAAUGCUCCUGUGAUCAAUUUAAUGUCACUGACCAAUCCAGUAGCAGAAAAUGUGUCACCAGGUGCAGAGGUGGGCAUCAUUAAUGUACAGGACAGAGACUCUGAGAGAAAUGGACUUGUCCAUUGCUCCAUUCAACAAAAUGUCCCUUUUAAGUUAGUUCCUUCUAUUAAAAACUAUUAUUCUCUGGUGACCACUAGACAACUUGACCGUGAACUUGUGUCUGAUUACAACAUUACAGUCAGUGCCACUGACAAGGGCUCCCCUCCUUUGUCCUCCUCGAAAAGUGUUCACUUGUCUGUAGCGGACAUCAACGACAACCCACCUGUGUUUGAGGAACAGUCCUACAGCGCAUAUGUGAGUGAAAACAACAAAGCUGGCUCCACUUUAUGCUCUGUGAGUGCUCAAGACCCCGACUGGAGACAGAACGGCACCGUGAUUUAUUCUCUUUUACCUGCUGAAGUGAACGGUGCCCCGGUGUCCUCCUUUGUGUCUGUUAACGGAGACACGGGGGUGAUCCACGCUGUCAGGUCGUUUGACUACGAACACUUGAGGAGUUUUCAAGUCCACGUCAUGGCCCGAGACAACGGUUCUCCUCCGCUGAGCAGCAAUGUAAGCAUCAGCGUGUUCAUAUUGGACGUGAACGACAACUCUCCUCAGAUACUGUAUCCCGCCCCGGAGGGCAACUCCUUCAUGACCGAGCUGGUCCCCAAAGCUGCACACGCAGGCUCUGUGGUGUCCAAAGUGAUCGCAGUGGAUGGCGACUCAGGACAGAACGCCUGGCUGCCCUAUCAUAUUGUCAAAUCCACAGACCAGGGACUUUUCACCAUUGGUCUCCACAGUGGAGAGAUCAGGACUCAGCGGGACAUUUCGGAGUCUGACAGCAUGAAACAGAACCUGAUUGUGGCCGUGAAAGAUAACGGACAGCCCCCUCUCUCUGCCACCUGCUCCAUGUAUUUACUUAUAUCGGAUAACCUGGCCGAAGUGCCAGAACUGAAGGACAUUUCUUAUGAUGACAAGAAUUCCAAGUUGACCUCUUACCUGAUCAUCGCGCUGGUGUCCGUGUCCACUUUCUUCCUGACCUUCAUCAUCAUCGUCCUGGGCGUGAGGUUUUGUCGCAGGAGAAAACCCAGACUGUUGUUUGAUGGAGCAGUCGCCAUUCCCGGCGCGUAUCUCCCUCCUAAUUACGCAGAUGUUGACGGCACAGGAACUUUACGCAGCACCUACAACUAUGAUGCCUACUUGACAACAGGCUCCAGAACCAGUGACUUCAAGUUUGUGUCUUCUUACAAUGACAACACGCUGCCUGCUGACCAGACUCUGAGGAAAAGUCCAAGUCAUUUUACUGAUGAACUUCAAGAUUCGUUCGACCCCUUGGAGGUAUGAAGGCUUUUGAAUGUUUCUGUUUCGGUGUUUCUGUUUCUCGGUGACCCAGUGUGAGAAUCAUAUUUUUGUCAUUAGGCUUCCUUACCAACUUGAAUCCUUACAUAUACUCAAAUUCCGACACGUUUCAUAGACACCGACAGUCGGUCAACUGAGACAAAAUGCAAAUAAAGCAUUUACUGAAUGGUUUUACAUUUUAAAACUGAAGUUUCAUAUUUUCCAACAUCAAAAAGAAAUGUACAAAGGCCAAGCAAACUCGACAUAUCCUCUUUAGAGACAUUUAAAAUUACUCUGUUUGAAUAUGGGAAUUUAUUUCUGAAAGUUUCCCCUGAUACCUUAUUUUACAUGUUCUUUCAGACCUUCCUAAUAGCAAUAGAACGCAUGCUUGUGAAGCACAUUGCAGCACACCAUUAUUGAUUUGCAUCGAGAAGACAAAAACAAAAAUACAAAAAAUUUUUGAACGAAUAUUGUCCAUCCGGAAUUUGUGCAUUUUGAGUGAACAAUUAAUUAACGAUACUUUUCAAAUACUGUAGAAUCUUAAGUUGCUAUUUUUUUCGACAUUUGUGUGCUUUUUAGGACAGUGUUUCAUUAAGUCAUGUUUAGUGUGCACUGCCGUAUUGAGCGGUUUUCCACCUGGAAAGCACAUUUUUCGCCCUCUGAUGUUGUUCAUUGGUCAGAAAACUAUCGCUCGCAAUUUUACAACAAUAGUGUGUGAUUACUGUUCUAAAUCGCAUGACAAUUAAUAAUUUCGUUUCAUUUUAAACCAUUGAUGCUGUCAUUGACUUACGUUACAUUCCGAGAGCGUUAUUUGCGAAUCCCGAUUAAUUUACAAUGUGUUUCGACGAGCAUGUCAUGCGAAUGAAAGACAGUUUCAAUAAUAAUAACAAUAUAAGCUUUACAUUUGGCCAUUUCCAUUGUAUCGUCUAUGAUCGAGAGCAACGAAUUGAGCAGUACAUCUAGUUUUACGUCAGGAAAUAAGGCGCCUCGAUCACGUUCCACGCACGCAGUUGCGAUGUUUAGAAGACAUACACAUACAAUAUUUCCCAAACGUGGUGAAGUUCGUUUUUCCACGGUCAAUAUAAACUGGAAACCAUAGUGUUGGCCUGCAGUGUUUUGUUUUUUUUUUUGCGUGCCAAUGCAGGAAA